AUGCUAAACAACAUGAUGACCCCUUCAUCCCAACAAGACGAAGAAUUUCAACUCGUUGUCUCUAAAAAGGGCGGAGGUCGAAGAACAUUCAGAGGAGGAAUGAACAACAACAACAAAUCCCGAAGCAACAAGAACAAAAGGCAAGAAACAUCCGAGCCUCACGCAACAGGGAGAAGAAAAGAAGACAACCUUUCUCAAAGUAGUGGAAAGAAAACUGUGGCUCUAUCAUCAUCAUCAGCACAAGUUGUUGUAGGAUCCUCCUCCAACAAGCAAGCAACAACAGAAAUUGUUGGCUCUUACUCAGCCGCCGUAAUAUCAUCAUCACCAACUUCUCAAACCAACGCUGCAUCGUCUCCUCAAAAGGCUUCUCCGACCUUUUAUGCCUCUCAUCCCACCACUAGCCAUCAUUUAAAACCGCUAGGAGACAAAAAGAAGAAAAAAGACUUCAAGAAACCAUCUGCUCACUCAACAACUCAAAAAGAAGAAAAACCUGAGAAAGUAUUUCCAUCAAAAAGAAAUGAAAAACAUCAACAAGUAGUGGCACGUCGAGGAGGUGGCAAAACUACUGCACAAUUCUUCAUCAUUAGAAAACCAUUGAACCAAGAAAUGAUUAAUUAUUCUCAAAGAAAUAAUUUAAAACCAAUCAUUCCUAAAGAACCUGAAGAUGAGAUGGGAAAGUCUUUUUACAAAUGCCUGAAGGAGUUUGUAGAGGAUGAAAAGGCCCAUGUUUUUGAUUUUUCAAACACUUUAAAUCUAGCUCAAAGAAAGAGAGUUCAUUCUCUUGCAGAAGAGUUUAAUUUAGAUCACUUUUCUAGAGGUUCAAACCCUUUCCGUUAUAUUUGUGUCUCUAAGAGAAAUCUUAAAAUGAGAGACGAAUUCCAAUAUUUUGGAUACAUUGGAUUGUUUGGUCAUUCAAUUGAUGAGCUAGUUAAAAAAUACAACAUUAAUCCUGAUAUAUCAGAAAACCAGCCAUUAUUGCAGAAGCGAAUUAAACGGGACGGUCCUAUUCAUCAUAUAACGGUGAUGACCCGACCUGAAAUUAAUACAGCUUUAAAGAAUUUAGAAUCAUCAAGAGAAUUAGAGCAUUUAUUUAACGAGAAACAAAAGCAAUUAUUGAAACAAGGCUCGGAAGAGGAAAAGAUUGAAAUUUUAAUGCAUAUUAUUUCCAAAGUUGUCACCAACGAUUAUCAAGCAAUUGGACUCGGUAAGGUUUCUCAAGAGGAAACAGCCCAUUCAAAUGAUGGACUUGCAUUGCCUUCAUCACAAUCAAACUCAAAAGAUCAAAAACAAAAGAAUGACGCAUACUUUGUGAUCAUUGAUUGGCCAAGUGCUCAACGCUUGAGAGCUACACUUGGAUUGGAACCUUACCAUUUCCACAUCACUGUUGCCUAUAGGAAUGGAGAUAUUCAUGGAGUUGUGAAAGAUAGAUCAACAAUGGUUCCUAAAGAAUCUGUUUUUGAAAUUAGUGACGAAUAUCUUGCCAGAAAAGAGUCUGAAAUGGCAUCAUUUUUGGAAUAUCUCAAUGUAGAUCCUAGAUAUGCUCACACUUUCAUUUCUCUUGGUUGGUAUAACUUGGAUUCUUUGGAUGUCUUAACAAGAGACAAAAUGGAUUUGAAUGAUGUAGGAGUUCUUGAGGACGACCAACAAAAGGUUCUCGCAUUUCUCAAAGACUUUUCCAACAAUCUUAAGAAGUACAAAUCUUUGCGUGGACACUAG